AGGCCGGCCCGCGAUCUCGUAGCUCCCCCUCCCCUCCCUACGCCUCCCGGGCUUCUGCUGCAGCGUCAGCCCCUGUCCGGCUUUGGUGGCUGCUGCGGUCCCGAUCCCGCGGCUUCAGCCCCGGCGACCUUUGGGGCCCCUCGGCCCAGAUCCGCAGGACCGCCCAUCCUCGUCGCCUCGGCGCCGGCCUAGGCCGCGGCCGCAGCCCCCGGCUCGCGUCGGUACCGCCCGCUCCCGGCCCGCCCCCUAUGGGCCCCGGCUAGAGGUGCCGCCGCCGCCGCCGCCGCCGGCCCGCGGAGCCCCGAUGCUGGCCCGGAGGAAGCCGGUGCUGCCGGCGCUCACCAUCAACCCCGCCAUCGCCGAGGGUCCGUCCCCCACCAGCGAGGGCGCCUCCGAAGCACACCUGGUGGACCUCCAGAAGAAGCUGGAGGAGCUAGAGCUUGACGAGCAGCAGAAGAAGCGGCUGGAAGCCUUCCUUACCCAGAAGGCCAAGGUUGGCGAGCUCAAGGACGAUGACUUCGAACGGAUCUCCGAGCUGGGAGCCGGCAAUGGUGGAGUGGUCACCAAGGUCCAGCACAGACCUUCGGGCCUCAUCAUGGCCAGAAAGCUGAUCCACCUGGAGAUCAAGCCGGCCAUCCGGAACCAGAUCAUCCGAGAGCUGCAGGUGCUGCAUGAGUGCAACUCCCCGUACAUUGUGGGCUUCUACGGGGCCUUCUACAGCGACGGCGAGAUCAGCAUCUGCAUGGAGCACAUGGAUGGCGGCUCCCUGGACCAGGUGUUGAAAGAAGCCAAGAGAAUCCCCGAAGAGAUCCUGGGCAAGGUCAGCAUCGCGGUUCUGCGGGGCCUGGCAUACCUCCGGGAGAAACACCAGAUCAUGCACCGAGACGUGAAGCCGUCCAACAUCCUCGUCAACUCCCGGGGGGAGAUCAAGCUGUGUGACUUUGGGGUGAGCGGCCAGCUCAUCGACUCCAUGGCCAACUCCUUCGUGGGCACGCGGUCCUACAUGUCUCCGGAGCGACUACAAGGCACCCACUACUCAGUGCAGUCAGACAUCUGGAGCAUGGGCCUGUCCCUGGUGGAACUGUCCAUCGGAAGGUACCCCAUCCCCCCGCCAGACGCCAAGGAGCUGGAGGCCAUAUUCGGCCGGCCCAUGGUUGAUGGCGCGGAAGGAGAACCUCCCAGCAUCUCACCACGGCCGAGGCCCCCCGGACGCCCCAUCAGCGGUCAUGGGAUGGACAGCCGGCCGGCCAUGGCGAUCUUUGAGCUGCUGGACUACAUUGUGAACGAGCCUCCUCCCAAGCUGCCCAAUGGCGUGUUCACCCAGGACUUCCAGGAGUUUGUAAAUAAAUGCCUAAUUAAGAACCCAGCUGAGCGAGCAGACCUGAAGAUGCUCAUGAACCACACCUUCAUCAAGCGGUCCGAGGUGGAAGAAGUGGAUUUUGCUGGCUGGUUGUGUAAAACACUGCGGCUAAACCAGCCCAGCACGCCCACACGCACCGCCGUGUGACGGUGGUCCUGCUGCCGCCACCAGGCCUUCCCCUCCCCCGCCCCGCCCCUCCUGCCAUGCCCUCCAAGGGGACGCACACAUGACCCUCAGGCCCAGGGAGGCCGAUACCGCUGUGCUGUCUUCUCAGAUCCUGCUUCCUUAGGUUUAAAGAAAAAAGAAAAAAAAUAGGGAAAGAAAAAGCAAA